AUGAGUACCAUCGCCUUCGCGACGCCUCCUGCUACACUCUUGGGCGAAAGCGCUCCUCUACCUCUCUUGCGCAGCAUCUCACCCGCCGCCGCACAUCCACAGUGCGUGCCGCCGCCGGUGCGUGUGUAUGUCAGGAGAAGGCCGUCGUUUCGCAGGUUGCUGGCCGCGGGGUCGCGUGAUGCCGACCAGGAGGCCGAAGAGAGCUACUACCAGCGACAAGCCGCCCGAAAAUCGUUUGCCGAUGACGUGCAGACGUCGAUCCAGGAGCGCCAGCAGCAGGAGCGCCAGCAGAUGGCCGCCGCGGGCGGAGUGGCGGGUGGGUUCUCGCCCCACGAUGAGAACGCAAGCGCGGGACCGCUCGGUUCUCCCUCCUCCAUCCGAGACAUCCGGAGCCGCAACAGGGAAAGGCUGAAGAAGUUCUCGAAGCAGCAGCAGCAGCCGAGUGAUACAUCGUCAUCAUCAGCAGCAGGCGGCAGCGGCGGCGGCAGCGGCGGAAAGACUCGACCGGUGCACCGGCCGGCGGCGGGAGUUGGGGGGACAGAGAUCUCCCACGACACCAGCAUGCGGCAGGGGAAGUUCCUCUUCACCGUCAAGCAGAUGAAGAACAGGCGGGACUUCGGCGCGGUGCUGAAGCUGCUGCACGAGGCGGAGCGCACGGGGGAAGGCGCGACCCCCAAGAUGUACUCUUGCUGCAUCGGGUACAUGGGCAAGGGGGGCAACUGGGAGGGGGCGCUGGACGUGCUGGACCGGAUGCACGCUCUCGGGAACAAGCCCGACGCCUUCUGCAUCAACGACGGGAUGAACGCGUGCAAGCGGGCGCGCAAGUACGAUAAGGCUCUAUGGGUGUUUGAGCAGGCGCGGGAUGUCUGGGGGGCUCAGCUGGACAGUUGCGUGUACAACUCGGCCAUCACCCUGUGCGCCCGCAGCAAGCAGGGCAAAAGGGCGGUGGGCCUCCUGAAGGAGAUGCUGGCGGAGGGGCUUAGCCCCGACGUCGUCACCUUCUCGGCCGUGAUCUCGGCGUGCUGCGGCGGCGGCGGCAGCGACUGGAGGGUUGCGAUGCAGAUCCUUUCGGAGGCACGGGGCAGCGGCGGCAGCAGCGAUGGUGCCAACACCGAUGGCGGCGGGAUGAAGCUUGAUGUGGUUAUCUACAACACGGUCAUGUCCCUGUGCGCGGACGCGGGGGAGUGGAAGCAGGUCCUGCACCUGGUGAAGCAGAUGUCGGAGGAGGACGGGAUUAAGCCGGACCGCAUCAGCUUCGACUGCCUCAUGAAGGCCUGCGGCAACGGUGGAGACUGGGAGCAAGCGCUGGCCGUCCUAAGGAGAAUGCCGGGUCUGGGGAUUCGGCCCUCGGUGGAGAGCUACUCGAUCGGAUUGACGGCGUGCGCGAAGGGAGGAAGGUGGCAGGAGGCCCUUGUGCUGCUGCGGGAGAUGGAGGAGGAUGACGAGAUUAAACUGGACGUGGUCGCGUACUCCGCGGCCAUCACGGCGUGCGCUAACGGUGGGCGGUGGCAGGAGGCAGUGGCAAUCUUGAGCGACAUGCCCAACGUCGGGGUACGCCCGAACGUGAUUAGCUGCAACGCCGCCAUCAAGGCUUGCGGGGAGGCCGGACAGUGGCAGCACGCCCUCUCCAUCCUUCGCGGCAUGUCCAAGGCCGGGCUGUCUCCCGACGCCAUCAGCUACAACACGGCCAUCUCUGCCCUGGGGGCCGCGGGCCAGAGCGAGCAGGCAAGUGCGCAGGAGCUCAUGUCCGAGAUGUCUCGACUUGGCAUCGAACCUACCGUGGUAACGUACAACUCGGCCAUUGCUGCCAUCGCGCGUGGCGGCGGCGGGCAAUGGCGCCAGGCGGUCGCCCUCGUGAAGCACAUGUCCCUGGCGGGGGUAACUCCGGACAGCAUCACAUACAACUCCCUGAUCGUGGCGUGCGGCAGGGGGGGGCAGUGGAAGCAGGCGCUGUCGGUGCUGAAGGGGAUGAAGAAGCAGGGCCUGAGUUGCGACAUCAUCGGCUACUCGGCGGCGAUUUCGGCCUGCGGGGAAGCCGGGCAGUGGGAGUACUCCGUGGGCUUGCUGGCGGAGGCCAAGUCCCUGGGCAUCACCCCGGACCUGGUGGCCUACACGGCGGCGGUGACCGCGUGCGCGGACGCCAACCAGCGCGACAAGGCCACGUUCCUGCUCAAGGAGAUGCUCUCGGCCGGCAUACGCCCCGACGCCGCGGCAUUCACCUCCCUCAUCGCCGCCCUGGGCCACGACGGGCAGUGGACCCAGGCCGUCGAGAUCCUGGAGUCGAUGCCCAAGAUGGGGGCUCCGCGGAAUGCGAUGGUGUACAACGCGCUCAUCACCUCGUGGGCGAACGCUGAGGUUGCCAAGGGGAAGGAGGAAGGGAGGGCCCUGCUGCUGGGCAGUGCAUCGGGGGUGGGGGCUGGCGCCGCCACCGGUGCUGCGGGCGACGACAACGCCAGCGCGGCGCAAUCAAGAAGUGAUGCGGCGCAACCAAGCAGCGCGGAAGAAGUAGGAGCGCAGCAGCCUCCCCUGACAGGUUUCAAAAUCAACUUAUCGUCUGACCACGGACAAGCGGACUCUCGGUAGCCACGGGCAAGGCUGAAACCCGGGCGGGGAUGUGCUUGUGCGGACGUCCUCAUGUCGCUGGCGAGGAUGUACAAGAAGAGAGGCAAGGAUGGGACGCGUCUUGCUGGGAAACGGCAUCGGCCGUGAGGUGUAACGGCCGGCGUGAUGCCCGAUGGUGUUCGUGUAUGGUGUUGGUGUAUGGUGUUGGUGGAGGGGUCGACGUGUUUUUUCGUCAAGUGCAGCGAAAGGGUCUGGUCUAGUUCGUGAUGCCGGGGCCAUCGGAAGCUGCUGCUCCUGGCAGACUUUGUCUUCUUCUCUGUCAUGGGCCACGCAGAGGUGGCGUGUGGCAGGAGCUGCACAAACGCUACAGUAGUAGCGGUCUCUGGGUCCAGCUACAUUUAGAUUCACGGCCACUCACGUCUUCAACCAGGUGUAGGUCAGGUUUACGAUACGUGGAAGUAACUUUUUUUUAGUUGUGUGGAGGAGGUAUGAGACUAACCGGUGUUUGGGUGCUGGCAGAGCUGGUCGUAUCACGCACAUUAAACCCUCCAGCUCAACCCCCCGCUCCCCCCCCGAUAGCUCUUUGUAUGCCGCCUGAGCCGCCUCGACCGCCUACCGAGUAUCCUUUGGGGGGGUUCUUUUCCCGUUGGGCGGGUACUGCUUUUGUAGAUAAGAAAAGGGGCCAUACAACAUUUUUAGGCCCAUGUGUGCCUCAACCGAAUCAGUUUUAUCGGUUUGGUGCUUCAACAUUCAGACGGCUUGAAGAGCCUUCCAGAUCGAUGGUGUGUUGGACGGUGGACACCGAGAUACGGAUGAGAUUUUUUGUAAUACUCAUAAAAUCUACGGUAAUAAUUAGAUUUUUUUGUCCCUGCCUUGUUCUUUUAGCGGGUAGUUGGGAAUUUUUGCGGUUUGCUUUUUUGGCCGUUAGUUUCGCACGCAGGUUUAGUUUAGUCAAGGGUAACAAGACAAGAGAUGACAACCAUUAAUCCACCG